GGGAGAAACGGCGCGGGCCGGACGCGGGCUCCCGACGCGGCGGUCCCUGUGGGCCCACCCCCCGAGGCGCGCCGACGCGACGACCCCGGAGGGAGCGAGCGCGGGCUGCGGCUGGACGCGCCGGACGCAGGCCACGGAGCCACGCGCGGUGAACGCAGCCGGACGGCCACUCUGCGGCCCGGUCUCCCGAGCCCGCGAGCUCCGGCUCCAGGGACCCCCUCUCCGGCUCGGGCGUGCUGCCGCGGCGGCGGGACCCGCCCUGCCCCUGCCGCCGCCGCUUCUCGGCUCGCGGGGCCUGAGGAAGUUCGCCUCGGAAACGAAAGGCACAGCUCCGAGGGAAAAGAAAAAGUGGUGCAUUUUUGGGCAUUCUGAGUAUUCAGAAGGAAACCAAUCAUGUCCUUGGAUGACAUUAAGAUGAAAUCUACCGACUUCCUGGAGCAGGAGUAUCUAGACAGCGGGGGCUUCGGAAAGGUGUCCUUGUGUUUGAACAGAUCCCACGAACUCGUAAUACUGAAAAAGGUCUACACAGGGCCCAAGCGCACCGAGUAUGACGAGUCCCUCCUCGAGGAGGGCAGGAUGAUGCACAGGCUGAGACACGAUCGGGUGGUGAAGCUCCUGGGCAUCAUCAUAGAAGAAGGCAACUACGCGCUCGUGAUGGAGUACAUGACGAACGGCAACCUGAUGCGUGUGCUGAAAGCUGAGAUCAGUAUCCCCCUUUCUGUGAAAGGAAGGAUAAUUAUGGAGACCAUUGAAGGAAUGUGCUACUUACAUGGUGAAGGUGUAAUACACAAGGACCUCAAGCCUGAGAACAUCCUCGUGGACGGCGAUUUUCACAUUAAGAUAGCUGAUCUUGGCGUUGCUUCCUUUAAGACGUGGAGUAAACUGACUAAGGAGGAACACAAUGAGCAGCGGAAACUGAACAGUACCUCUAAGAAAAAUGGUGGCACCCUCUGCUACAUGGCCCCUGAGCAUCUGAACGACGUCAACGCAAAGCCCUCAGAGAAGUCAGAUGUGUAUAGCUUUGCCAUAGUGCUUUGGGCAAUAUUUGCAAAUAAAGAGCCAUAUGAAAAUGCUAUCUGUGAGCAGCAGUUGAUAAUCUGCAUUAAAUCUGGGAACAGGCCGAACGUGGAGGACAUCAUUGAGUACUGCCCAAAGGAGAUUAUCAGCCUCAUGAAGCAUUGCUGGGAGGCAAAUCCAGAAGUUCGGCCAACAUUUGCUGGCAUUGAAGAAAACUUCAGGCCUUUUUACUUAGAUCAAUUAGAAGAAAAUGUAGAAGAAGAUGUGAAGAGUUUAAAGAAAGAGUAUCCAGACCAAAGUGCGCUUGUGAAGAGAAUGCAGUCUCUCCAAAUUGAUUGUGUAGCAAUACCUCCAAGCAGGUCAAAUUCAGCCACAGAACAGCCCAGUUCGCUGCACAGUUCCCAGGGACUCGGGAUGGGUCCCGUGGAGGAGUCCUGGUUUGCUCCCGCCUCAGAGCACCAGCAAGAGGAGAAUGAGCUCAGCCUGCAGAGUAAACUCCAGGAGGAAGCCAACUACCAUCUUUAUGGCAGCCGCAUGGACAGGCAGACAAAACAGCAACCCAGACAGAACGUGGCUUACAAUAGAGAGGAGGAAAGGAGACGAAGGGUCUCCCAUGACCCUUUUGCACAGCAGAGGCCUUAUGAUAAUGUUCAGAACUCAGGGAUUAAAGGCCUAACUCAUCCCAGUGCAAACAGUCAUGCUAAUGCAGUACACCAACCAACGGGGCUAACCAGCCAACCCCACGUAUCAUACGGGCACAAUGGAUCAUAUAGUCCACAUGGUUUUGGAACAAGACCAUUGGAUCUGGGAACAGCAGGUCCAAGAGCUAGGUAUGGGGCAAAUCCAAGCCAUAUGUCAAGCAUGCAUAAAACUCCAGUGCCUGAGACCAACCUCCUGGGAAACACACCCACCAUUCCGUUCAUCUCCUUCCCAUCAAGAGAUGAGUCUGCAAAGUAUACCAUCUGCAACAGCACUGGCAUUCAGAUUGGACACUAUAAUUAUAUGGAGAUUGGCGGAAUGACUUCCCAACUACUGGACGGCACAUACAUGAACCUGAAGCAAGAGCCAGCUUCUAAGUACCAAGAUAUCUUUGAUAAUAUGACUAGUCUGACUGAUAAACACCUGGACCCAGUCAGGGAAAAUCUGGGAAAGCACUGGAAAAACUGUGCCCGUAAGCUGAGCUUCACUGAAUCUCAGAUUGAUGAGAUUGACCAUGACUAUGAGCGAGACGGACUAAAAGAGAAGGUUUACCAGAUGCUGCAAAGGUGGCUGAUGAGGGAAGGCAACAAGGGGGCCACAGUGGGCAAGCUGGCCUACGCGCUCCACCAGUGUUCAAGAAUAGACCUUCUGAACCACUUGAUACACAUCAGCCAGUACUGACUCUGGAAGGGGCUUUGGCAGCAGGAAGUAAUCUCUUUUUUUGUUUUUUUUUUUGAGGAAGAUUAGCCCUGAGCUAACUGCUGCCAAUCCUCCUCUUUCUGCUGAGGAAGACUGGCCCUGAGCUAACAUCCGUGCCCAUCUUCCUCUACUUUAUACGUGGGACGCCUGCUACAGCAUGGCGUGCCAAGUAGUGCCAUGUCUGCACCCAGGAUCCCAACCGGUGAACCCUGGGCCGCCGAAGCGGAAUGUGUGCACUUAACCGCUGUGCCACCAGGCUGGCCCCAGGAAGUAACCUCUUCACUUACUGAGUAACCCACUGAAAGUGUACUGCCUCAAACUGUUCAGAAUUCUUUCCUCACUGAUGGGGUUUCUGUGUUGUAUAAAAGUUAUUCCCCUGCAUUUCAUAGCAGAACGGGAAAGGAAAUCUAUAGCAAGCAACCUACUAAACAGGAAGACGUAUUAAUGGCUAGGGCCCAGUCAAAAAAGAAGCCUCACUGGCUUUUGAAAGGAUCAGAAGAGAUAUUUGAGAAAGAUCAUUUUCUUUCACUUCAUUCCAUAACUUUCCAUUAUGCUCUUCAUUCAGUUUCCUGGAGUUUUGUUGGAGCAAGAAAAAAAAAUUCCCAGAAUGUAAAAUAAAUCAACUUUCUUAUUUUGCGCUCUCUUCUCCAUCUAGGCUCCUGUUACAAUCAAAGUACAGUAAAAUUGUAAGUUCUCUUCAAAUAGGUUUUUUUGUAUCACAACCAUAGUUCAUUCCAAAAUUAUAGGAUCUGUUAACUUCAGUAUCCGUUGUUCUAUCAGUCACUACAGGUUUCAAGAAUUACAUGCAAUAUCCACUCCAUAGAUUAACUGAAGGGAUUUGAAGGAGUACUAAAAGGGGGAAAACUGGAGAACAAAAAUAGCAGAAUUUCCCAGGCAGUUGUUGCAAGGAAAUGCUACUAAUUGUGAUGACUACAAAAAUUCUUGAUUAAGUUUUUAAGUUCUUUCAUAGCAUUCUGAUACUUAAUGCACUUUCCCAACCUGUGUGCCCUGAAGAGGGAGCACGUAUGCAGGGAAUAUUAGCUCUUGACCCCUGGCGAUGACUCAGGGCUGAUCACUCUUGAGCAGCUUCCUCAGUUUACCCCAGGGUACUGUAGAAAUAUUUUCACUUUUUGCUGUGUGCUAUGAUGUAAAAAAAAGGACAGCUUCAGAGUCUGGUAAUUGUGCCUCUAGCAGCUCAACCUUUCAAAGCCAACCUGAAACCCAGGAAUGAAUGAAACAACUAGAAGACCAGAAGACUGAAGCUGACCGGGCCAUCUAGCAUCACUGCCAGCACUUUGCUAGACAGAUAGGGUAUGCCACUGUGCUUGGCCCUCCCAGGAGGGCGGGAGAGAAGAGUGCACUGUGGUCAGUCCGGCUGACAGAACCGAUUCUGGUGUCUGGUGGGUUGAUACCUGUAUUGCUGGUUCUGAUUCUAAAUCCCCUCCAGCCCCAGCAGAUAUACACACACACACACACACACACACCCUGAAGUGGGACUGUAAAGCGGAAUUCUCAACCUCAGCCGUAUUGGCCUCUUGGGCCGGGUAAUUCUUUGUUGUGGGGGCUGUCCUGUGCAUUAUAGCAUGUCUGGAAGCAUCCCUGGCCUCUACCCACCAGAUGCCAAUAGUACUGUUCCCGCAUCCUCGCAUCCCCCCAGUGUGACAAACAAAAAUGUCUCUAGACAUUGGCAUAUGUUCCCCGGAAGGGCAAAAUUGUGCCAGUUGAGAAGAGCCCUGCUAUCAAGUGAUGAACCUCAGUUCUCUUCACACAUAUCUGGCCGCACUACUUAGUUGCCACAUAGAAUUAGAUCCCAUAGACCUGAAGGCAGAUUGGAGGGGAAAGGGUCCCAGGCUUUGCUUGAGGGGCUGCGUGUGAUUUCUUUUCUAAAUGUGUCCUAAUAGUGUUUUAAAUUCUCUAAAUUCCAAAGCAAUUGAUCAAUGUUAAGAAGUAAAAGUGGAAGGUAUUUUUAAUGAACAUUUUAAAAUAAAAUUUUAUACAUCAAACAUAA